AUGUCGUUUCCGACGCCCAAUCCGACGAGCAGCCCGACAAACACCCCGACCUCCAGUCCGACCGCGCCCCCGACGUCCAGUCUGACGAGCAGCCCGACCUCCAGUCCGACCUCGUUUUCGACGCCGGCGCCAACGCUGCCGUCAACGUCGGCUGCGACCCCGCCGUCUUCGGCGACGGGCACCGGCGAUCCGCACCUGCAAAACAUCCACGGUGAACGGUUCGACCUGAUGACGCCGGUUAUGGUUACGUUGGUCAACAUCCCACGUGGUAAGCGAGUCGAGGACGCGCUGCUUGCGGUGGAAGCAGACGCGCUUCGCCUGGGUGGACAUUGUGCCGACACGUAUUUCCAGGGAGUGAACAUCACAGGGAUAUGGGCGGACAAGCUGCAGGCCCGGGGCUUCAAUUUCAACGCCGAAGGCGUUCAGAGCCACAAGGUUCCGAAAUGGACGAAUUUCGGGCCACUUGUGGGAGAAUAUGAUCACGCGGAUGCAGCGAGGAUCCCAGCAAAAUGCCGGAUCACGAUUUCGCUUCGUAAGCCGAGCCGGACCAGCGUGCAGGCUGAGCUGGUCCCGGUCGCGAUCGCCAGCUGA